ACCUUCUUUCCCUACGUAUUUCAUUUUCUAAUUUAUGCAAAAAUUUCCAUCUCUCUCUUUCUUUCUUUAUAACAAACACUCUCUCUCACUCUCUUUCAUAACUGCAACUAAAAGAUUUUAAUUCCAUAUUCACACUUCUUUCCUUCAAUUCUCUGUAAAACUCCAUCUGGGUUCUCUUCUUGAAGCGUUUUAAUUCUUACUCUAAAUAAAAAAAAAAUGUAUCAAGAGACAAGUUGUUUUGAUCCAAACUCCAUGGCAGAAGGACCAGAAGAUGGGCUUUCUCAAGUUCUGCAACUACCAACGCACUCAUGGCAGGUAGUACUGUAAACAGCCAUAAUAGCGUUGAAGAAAAUCUUAAGCUUUCUACAGAUGGAAUCUCUUAUCACCAUAGCAUGAAUAAUCCAAAUCAAGAAGAGGAUGCCUCUGCUGUUGCUACUGCUGUCAUGAAAAUCCCACUUCAAAUUCAACUUAAGGAUUUGAAUACCUAUUUGACUCAAGAAUCAUUAAAUCAAGUUUUGGCUGUUAGAUCAGAUUCAUCAUCACCAGACCUUUUUCAGUUAUCUAGGUCUUCUACGCUUCCAAAUCCUUCAAUUUCUUUCACAAACCCUAAAGACACAACUCCAUUAAGCUCUGGAGAUCUUCCAAUUGCAGACACAAAUUUCAUCUUUUUAUUUGUCUCUGAGUACCUGUCUCUCUAUGAUAUUCUUCCUGCACAACCUUUUUUAUUUUGGCAGGAGCGCAACAGCCGAUGGAGACAAUACAUUAAAGAUGAGUCUAAAGACUUGAACGGUACUAAGGAUGAUAGCAUAUCUGUGGUUGAAGAUUCAGUUGAGCACAUGAAAGAACUUGGUGAAACUUUAAUUGAGUUGAAAAUGUUAAUGAAGAACAAGAAAAGUGCUGAACCUGAAGAAGAUUUCCAUAGACUCUGGUCAUGAUUCAUAUGAGUCGUCCAAUAAUCGGUCAUUGAUUAGGAGUUCUUGGCUUCAAAGAGAAUCAAAUGACACAGAGGUAGACGAUCGAUGAAAUUAAUAUUGAAUUGCCAAGAUCGGAGAGAAGAUCAAUCACAUGUUCUCUGUGUACGAAGUAUAUGGUGAACUUGAACUUGAUCUCCGUUGUGUUGCUGGUAGCGAUGAUGGUGAUUACAACAGCUUUUUGAUAAAUGAAGGGUCUACAGAUAAUGCUAGUGCAAUAGCAAACGAGCUGAUUGAGGUGGUGGAUACUAAAUUAAAGAAAGCAGACUUUAAAUGUUUAAAUCGAAGAGGUAGAUUUUAAACUGUUCUUUAAAAAAACAAAGAAGCAAAAUUGUUCGUCUUCUCUUCAACGUGGCUUCGCCAUUGAAGACACUAAGCAUCAGCUCCAUCUACAAGUUGGGCUUGGAUAUAUAUUCAUGUUAGAAAUAGCAAUUGGAAAGGUGAAAAAUGAGGUCUGGGUAGUGUGACCUGUAUGGAAGUGGUUAAAUAAGAGCAGAUGUAACGUUUGAGAAUUUGAGACAGACUAAUCAGUAAAGAAGAAGAUACAGCAUUGUGUACAGUAAA